UAAACUCCGAUAUAAGGAACACUUGCGCCGCUUAUCUUCUUCUAGGGUUUCAACUUCCAACGCAACGCACGACCAGUCUAAAGAGCAAAAGCGGCGUUGAAUCUGCUUCUCUCGAAUCCCUCCUCGCAAAUGGCGACCCAGAUGAGUAAGAAGCGAAAGUUUGUUGCGGAUGGGGUGUUCUUCGCUGAAUUGAACGAGGUCCUUACGAGGGAGCUCGCGGAGGAUGGCUACUCUGGCGUGGAGGUCAGGGUCACGCCCAUGCGUACCGAGAUCAUCAUCCGGGCGACCCGCACCCAGAACGUCCUCGGUGAGAAGGGAAGGAGGAUUAGGGAGUUGACAUCGGUGGUGCAGAAAAGAUUCAACUUUCCGGAGAACGGCGUCGAGCUCUACGCGGAGAAGGUGAACAAUAGGGGGCUCUGUGCCAUUGCUCAGGCUGAAUCGCUCCGUUACAAGCUUCUUGGCGGCCUUGCUGUUCGGAGGGCUUGUUAUGGUGUAUUGAGGUUUGUCAUGGAGAGUGGUGCCAAGGGAUGUGAGGUAAUUGUGAGUGGAAAGCUCAGGGCUCAGCGUGCUAAGUCUAUGAAGUUCAAGGAUGGAUACAUGAUAUCUUCUGGUCAGCCAGUUAAUGAAUAUAUUGACUCAGCAGUGAGGCAUGUUCUACUAAGACAGGGUGUUCUUGGAAUCAAGGUCAAGAUCAUGCUGGAUUGGGAUCCAAAGGGAAAGCAGGGUCCUACAACGCCCCUUCCAGAUCUCGUCACGAUUCAUCCGCCAAAAGAUGAAGAAGAAUAUGUCAAGCCAGCAGUACUGGUGGCUCCAGAGGUACCAGUGGCAUGAUAAUAAUGGAUACUGGUAUUCUCCAGUCUUGGAUGCUCAGCUGGGAGAGGUACUGGUGCUAAGAAGAGUUACCUUGUCAUGCUUUUUCAGAAUAACUAAUUAGCUUUCAUUUGUAUGUGAUCUGAACUUGUUCUUUCACAGUGCCUUCCAAACUAUUGUUAUCUUUGGCCGAUGGAAUUGCAAAUUUUUCUCUUAUGGCUGCA